AUGGCACCGCCGACCUAUGCUGGGCUCUCCGGGAAGAAGCUGUCAUGGACUGUCUCGACCAUUGCGACCAUGGGGUUUUUGCUGUUUGGAUAUGAUCAGGGUGUGAUGUCUGGUAUCAUUUCUGAUCCAGCUUUCAAUGAUAUCUUCACGGCCACCAAGGGGGAUAAUACCAUGCAAGCGACUGUGACGGCUGUAUAUGAAGUUGGCUGUCUCCUCGGUGCUAUCUUUGCGUUGAUAUUCGGCGAGAUCCUCGGCCGUCGGAAGAUGAUUAUCUUUGGCGCAGUGGUGAUGAUCAUCGGGGUAAUCAUCCAAGUUACAGCGUUCCCGGACUCGCUGCCUCUGCUGCAGUUUAUCUUCGGCCGAGUCAUCACUGGUAUUGGCAACGGCAUGAACACGUCAACUAUUCCUACAUAUCAAGCCGAAUGCUCCAAGACCCAUAACAGAGGUCUCCUGAUCUGCAUUGAGGGAGGCAUCAUUGCGAUCGGGACGGCCAUUGCCUACUGGAUCGAUUUUGGUGCUCAUUAUGGCCCACCGGACCUGGUCUGGCGGUUUCCAAUUGCCUUCCAGGUUGUGUUCGGUUUCAUCAUCAUCGUCGGCAUGUAUUAUCUCCCCGAAUCGCCGCGGUAUUUGAUUGCAAACGAUCGUGUCGCGGAAGGCGAGAAGGUCCUCGCUGCGCUGGCAGGGAACGAAAUCGAGCAUUCCCAGACACAGCUGGAAAAGAACCUAAUUCUUGACUCCGUCAGAGCUUCCGGCUCCGAAAAGGCCAAGUUCAGAGACCUCUUCACCGGCGGUCCCUCGCAGCACUUCCGCCGAAUGAUGGUCGGCUCGUCCUCGCAGGUGUUCCAGCAGAUUUCUGGCUGCAACGCCGUCAUCUACUAUCUGCCUGUCCUGCUGGAAACCUCCGUCGGCCAAUCGCACGACUUCGCCCUGCUGAUCGGCGGCGUCAACAUGAUCUGCUACGCCAUCUUCGCGACCUUCUCCUGGUUCUUCAUCGAGAAGAUCGGCCGGCGCAAGCUUUUCCUCGGCGGCAGCUUCGGCCAGUGCGCCGCGAUGGUCAUCGUCUUCGCAUGCCUGAUCCCCGGCGACUCGGAGACAGCCAAGGGCGCCGUCUUUGGUCUCUUCCUGUACAUGUGCUUCUUCGGCGCAACCUGGCUCCCCCUCCCCUGGCUCUACCCGGCCGAGCUCUCGCCGCUCAAGACCCGCGCCAAAGCAAACGCCGUCUCCACCUGCAACAACUGGCUCUUCAACUUCACCGUCGUCAUGAUCACCCCGGUCAUGAUCGAGCACAUCGGCUGGGGCACGUACCUCUUCUUCGCCGCCUGGAACGCCGUCUUCAUCCCCAUCAUCUGGUUCUUCUACCCGGAGACCGCCGGCCGCAGCCUCGAAGAGAUCGACCUGAUCUUCGCCAAGGGCUAUGUCGAGGGGAUCAGCUACGUGCGCGCGGCGCGCGAGCUGCCCAGGCUCACGGACGAGGAGAUCGAGGCCAAGGCCGCCGAGUAUGGCGUGUUGGAUAGCAAUGAGAAGAUCGAGGAGAGGAUUGAGGAGGAGGAUCCGGCGGCGACGUCUGGGUUGGCGGCGUAUCAGCCUACGCAGUUAUAA